AUGUCCAUUUCAGGAACACUAAGCAACUACUACGUCGAUUCCAUCAUAAGUCAUGAAGGGGAAGAUCCGAGCGCUAUCCGAUUCUCCAAUGUACAGUAUUCCGCCCCCAGACAACCAGGAACCGGGGAACAUCCCGAAUACCCUUCAUGUAGCUUUCAGCCUAAGCCUCCCGUGUUUAGUUCAUCAUGGAGUCCUUUCACUCCUCAUACAUCAAACGGUUUACCAUCGGUCUACCAUCCCUACAUCCCAACGCAGCCUCUUCCUUCGACGGACACCCGAUACAUCCGCACAUGGCUCGACUGUGCUCCGAAAGCCGAGCCACUGUCCGGCCAAAACCAAGUUAAGAUUGAGCCACCACUGGGACACUUCGGGGAGCUUUCACAAAUUGGAGGACAGCACGAAUAUGUUUUGGAGUCCCCCUCGGCUCGAGAGAUGAAUCGCAGCAGUGUCGCGGGUUUAAAAGACAGCAAGGAUAUUUGUGAAGGCGGAGAUGACAAAGAGGAGCCAGAUAAAAAUGAUCCAUCGGCCAACUGGUUACACGCUCGCUCGUCAAGGAAGAAGCGUUGUCCAUACACUAAAUAUCAAACGCUGGAGCUUGAGAAGGAAUUUCUCUUUAACAUGUAUCUCACUCGAGACCGACGGCACGAAGUAGCACGCUUGCUGAACUUGACUGAGCGACAAGUUAAAAUCUGGUUUCAAAACAGAAGGAUGAAAAUGAAGAAAAUGAAUAAAGACCACUCCAAGGAUUGA